AUGGCCGAGGGGCAGGCAGCCUCCGGGGCCGACUGGGAGAUCGACGUGGAGAGCCUGGAGCUGGACGAGGGCGAGGAGCAGCUGGGGGCCUGCCUGCUGCAGGGCGGCGGCCCAGAGGAGCAGGAGGACGAGGAGGACGACGACGAGGAGGAGGAGGACGGGGAAGAGGAAGGGGCGGCCCCGCGGGGCCCUAGCCAGCCCAAGCAGCAGCAGGUGGAGCGGGGCAGCGGAGGGGAGCAGAGGAAGCUGAGCCGGACCCCGAAGUGCGCCCGCUGCCGCAACCACGGCGUGGUGUCCUGCCUGAAGGGCCACAAGCGCUUCUGCCGCUGGCGGGACUGCCAGUGCGCGAACUGCCUGCUGGUGGUGGAGAGGCAGCGGGUCAUGGCCGCCCAGGUGGCGCUCCGGAGGCAGCAGGCCACUGAGGAUAAGAAGGGGCUAUCAGGGAGACAGGCUAAUUUUGAGCGCAAAACAGUCUACCAGAGGCCUGUCAGGACGCCUAGCUUGCUGGCCAAAAGCAUUUUAGAAGGUUAUCGCCCCAUGCCAGCAGAUCCUUACCUGGGAGGGAAUUCACCUUUGCCACCUCCUGUAAGUGACAGGAUGAGAAAAAGACGGGCCUUUGCUGAUAAAGAGCUGGAGAACAUUAUGUUAGAGAGAGAGUAUAAAGAAAGGGAGAUGAUGGAAGCCACUCAAGCUGCUGCCCUUUUCCUGCCUAACCAUAUGGUGCAUGGAACUGAAUACAAUUCCUAUAAAACUGCCUUUAACCCUACCCAGGUUGAAGAUCCUAGCAAGGAGUUUUGCAACUUCUUACCAACCUGUCUUGACUUAACCAUGCAGUAUUCAGGAUCUGGGAAUAUGGAACUGAUUUCUUCAAAUGUCAGUGUAGCCACUACCUACAGGCAAUAUCCCUUGUCCUCCAGAUUAUUGGUAUGGCCAAAGCGUAGCCCCAUUAGUGAUGCUUUUCUCUAUCAGCAAUGCCUACUGAAUGCUACGGCAGUCCAAGCUCUCAAACCUGGGGCAGCCUGGGACUCGAAGACUUCACAAGGCCAGGAUUGUGUAAAUUCAGAGCAGGACAUGAUGUCACCAAAAACUGAAAAUUCACUUGUGCUUUCUCAUGCUCGAGAAAUUCAGUGUGUCCCUCAGGAGGCCCGUGAGAGGUCUGCUUUCUCUCCUCCUAAAAGGACUUUUCCACAGAUUUCUGAGAAGGAUUCUCUGGCUUCUCAAGAACACAUCUUAAGCAAGAUCAGCAAAGAAAAUACCAAGCACCCUCAAGCACUCAAGUAUAAUCCGUUCCACUCAUUUUUACAGCAAACAUUUCAUGACAAAUCAGGGCCUGAGUUAAAAACAUCAUUUGUAAAAGAGAGCUUUGAAGAGGCAUCUAAGAAGUACAGAGAGUGCUCCAUCAAAGAGAACCAAAAGUACAAAUUUACAAUAGAUAGAUACUCAAAAGACUUUUUUGGGGCCAAACAAGCUGCAACAAAACUCUCAGCAAAUGAGCCUCUAUCAUUCUCUGUUGAAUCAAUCCUUAAACGACCCUCUUCUGCAGUCACUAAUGUCUUGCAGUAA